CUUAAACCAUGGCUUGCGUGAUGCGCAGAACGUGUGCGCACUAACAAAAGUAGGCACCGUCCUUAAAUUCGUCAGAUUCCUUUGGUUUCAUCGGCCUCAUUCUCGUCCUCAGAGCCUCCGUUUCUUUUGGUCACGUGGUCGGAGAAACGACAUCAAUGACAUUUUAAGACGAGUAGCACUGGGGACGUGAAUGCAUCGGCCUCGGUCAGGGCCUCGGUAGACCUUUGCAUUACUGCGAUUACUGAAGUGAUGUAAAAAUACGGCCAUGUGACCACGCCGUGUCAAUAUGGCGGACGAAGAAAACAUGGAUAGCGUGGAAGAAAGAGCACCGUCUAGUGUUAACCAGUCUUCUUUACUAUCUACGGAAGCACUGAACGUCAGACCAGAAGUUUCGUUGCCUAUUCCUGGAUUUCCACCUUUGUUUCAGUUUGCAAAGCUACAAACAGAAGCCAGCUCUUGGGGUUCAAAUGCAGCGGCUACUUCAGACAAAGCAGCGACGUCCGAAGUUAACACAGGGGUUAGCAACGAACAGUCAGACCUUUCAGAAUCAAAUGAUAAAUCAAGACCUGUGAAUGGAUUGGAUGUAGUGGUCAAUAUGGAAGACAAACCUGAAAAUGAACCUGAGCAGCCGGAAGAUGGCGAAGAUGAAGACAAUGAGGCUACAGAGCUGGACAAAGAUGAAGAUGGCGUAAUAAACGACGAACCAGACGAAGAAGAGGCAGAAUCCGAUCCUUAUUUCUAUACCAAACGAGAUGAAUUUACUUCCGAGAUCUACAAAAUUGAACUUCAAAAUUUGCCAAAGAAAUGUGGUUACAAGCAAUUCAAGAAAAUGAUAGCUAACAGACUGAAUGUAAGACCUGUGAAAGUGAAACUACCACCAGGAGCAAACCAUGCCUAUGUCACAUUCAGGAACGAAGAGGAAAGACGGUUGGCCAUCAGAUCAUUAUCAGGACACAAGUGGAAAGGAAAAGUACUUUCUGCUAAGCCUGCUCAGCCUCUUCCUGAUCCUCUGGCACUUCAGCGAGCAGAAGGAAUGGCAAGAAAGAGAAUGAUCCAGGAUGCAGCACGAUCAAAUGUUGAUGCUAAGAGAAUAAAGGUGGACGAUGAAGAUGUGGGGGAAGAGCUUGCUAUUUCUGUCAGGUUAAACCAUGUGGUAACUCCACUGUGGGAUCAGCCCUACAGUAAGCAAAUGGAGACUAAACGGAAUAACAUGUUGGAAAUUCUGGGAAAACUCACCAGAAAGUUGAAAGCCAUAAUGGUGCUGAAGAACAACUGGGUUGAACAGGAAAGUGCUAAGAGGAAUGGAAUUUGUUGUGAGCUGCUAGACUGUGUAGAAUCGCCUGUUCUUGAUGGGUAUCGUAAUAAGUGUGAGUUCACUAUUGCUGAAGGCCCUGAUGGAGCUAAAACUGUUGGAUUCCGUCUUGGCUCCUACAAAGAGGGUUACAGUGGAGUUGUAGAACCUUCUGAAUGCAUUCAUAUUUCAGAAAAGGCCAAAGCUAUAGCUAAGGCUUUUCAGACUUAUGUGAGACAGUCUCCAUUACCAGUAUAUGAUCUUUGUUUUCACACAGGCUAUUGGCAGACACUGACUGUUCGGAGCUCCAUGUAUGGUGACACAAUGGCAGUCCUACAAUUCAGUCCACAAAAAAUGACCAAGGAAGAAAUAGAAGCUGAAAAAAAUCGCAUCAGUGAGUACUUUAAAACUGGAGAUGGCAAAGAUGUUACUCUGACAUCCCUUUAUCUGCAAAUAAACCACACAAGGGCUGUUGGAGGGAAUGCAGAAGCUCCUUUUGUUCAUAUCAUGGGAGAAGAGCACAUUUAUGAAGAGCUUUGUGGCCUGAGGUUCAGGAUAUCUCCUGAUUCCUUCUUCCAAGUUAACACCAAGGCAACUGAAAAGCUGUUUGACUUACUGAAAGAGUGGUGUGGUGACCAUCUAGAUGAGACAGUUGUUCUUGAUAUCUGUUGUGGUACUGGAGCUCUUGGUCUCUGCCUGGCCCAGAGUGUCAAACGCGUAAUUGGUGUUGAAAUAAUUGAAAACGCCGUGGAAGACGCCAAGGCAAAUGCCCAGCUGAACGGAGUUACGAACGCUCAGUUUGUGUGCGGUAAAGCAGAAGACAUCAUUGUUGAUGUGUUCAAGAACAUGCCACGGAAAACAAAAAUUAUUGGCAUUAUGGACCCUCCUCGCGCCGGACUGCAUCAAUCAGUUCUUCAUGCCAUCAGGAAGAGUCGUCGAAUGGACAAACUCAUCUACGUGUCGUGUAACCCGAGCGCCGCUUUCGUCAACUUUCUCGACUUGUGCAGGCCAACUUCGAAGAGAAUCAAAACAGCUCCAUUCCGCCUGGUAAAGGCGGUACCAGUGGACCUGUUCCCUCACACCAAACACUGUGAGUUGCUGCUAUUGUUUGAGAGAGACAUGACUUCAGUGGACGCAGCCAAGUUUUACAAGUGGUACUACUGAGCACUCAUACUUAAUAAUAUUGAAUAAAAGAAAUUUAUCAACGAGGGACACGUUUAGUGUACAACGCUUCUAAACACAAGGGGUGCUUGCUUUUAACCAAACAAUGCCAACAUUUUCGGCCUCUCUAUUUCCUUUCAGAACGGAACCGCGGCAAAUUUGGUCACCAUAGGUUCACAAGCACCCUAGAACCCCGCCAACUUGAAUUGCCGAGGGAAACAAAAAAAUAGCUCCGGUUAGCAGGGGUUCCGCUUAGCGGGGUUGGUAUAAUAUAAUAAUAAUUCAUGAAGUAUUGUGCUUUUGCUUAUUCGCGAGUCGUUUUCAGUCUUUCAUGGGCCUGACUAACGUUUCCAGAAAUUCUCACGUUAAUCGGUCGUCUUGCUGUUUUUCGACCGACAGUUCAUAAACGUUUUAAGGGCCCAUUAACCGAUCUUUUCGAGCCGUUGCUAAGGAAAAUUUAUUCUCAUAUAACCUCGUCAUUUUUAGU